AUCAUGAUCUUGAGUUGCCUAUUUGCCAUCGCAUUCCAUUUGACCGGGUGUGUGUCGACGUCCGGAUUUUAUAUCGAUAAUGGUCAGGGUCAAACAAUUCGCAACAACGAAAUUAGCCACCAGGAUCGACAGAAAAUCGAGCAUGAGAUCCUAGAUUUGCUAGGAUUGCCGGAUCGACCCAACAAGGAACAUAUUCAUCCAUCCCUACGGAAAUCUGCUCCGCAAUUUCUGCUCAACAUCUACCACAAAUUUUCGGCGGAAGCUAACGGAGAUAACAAAGGUAGACGUGUUGCUAGAAACGCACUGUACAGUAGCUCGGAUCUAUUCACACUGACGGAUGAGCGGACAUUGAAGGAAAGUGAUUGGAUCAUGACAUUCCUGAAUAAAGGUCACCCGAAUAUGCCUAAGGUAAGGCAUCAUAGAUACGGAGAGCGAUUAGUGUUCGACACAAGUGAAGCUGCAGCAGAUGGUGCGCUGCUUUUAUAUGCGAGUUUGAAGGUUUAUAAAAAUUCUACCUUGGACUACUUUAAUGCGAUUACAAACGGUAGGAUGUUAACCAUAAAGAUUUCUUUGAUCAAAGCUUAUGACUCUAGUCGCAAUUUUCAUGAACUUGAUUAUUUGGCGCAAUAUACCGUACCAUACGACUAUCAAGGAUGGAUCGAAAUUAACGCAACCAAAGUGAUGGAUCAGUGGAUGGUUGGAUCUACAAGAAAUAAGGGAAUAUUCGUAGAGGUGUUCUUUACCGAGGCUCCCAAAAAGCAAAUCAGACCUCAGGACAUUGGGCUGAUUUUAUCGAAUAAGUUUGGACGUUACCAACCAUUCUUAGUUAGUUACUAUAAAAGUCGUAAAUUGAUCCAACCGACUCCGCAUGUGACUCGUACAAAACGCAGCGUGAGUACCCAAAGUCAACGACGAAAACCCAUCAAAAAGACUGUUCGCCCGAGAAACCCAUUAUUGGAGAAAUGGUCUGUAAAAGAGAAGAGUUGUCAAGUCCACACACUGUAUGUAAGCUUUCGGGAGUUGAACUGGCAAGACUGGAUUAUUGCACCCGAUGGGUUCGAAGCGUUUUUCUGCCACGGCGAGUGUAGUUUUCCGUUGAACACGCACAUGAAUGCAACGAACCACGCGUUGAUCCAAACGUUGGUACAUCUGAAGAAUCCGGCGAAUGUACCGAAACCUUGCUGCGCCCCGACGAAGCUGACACCGAUUUCCGUACUGUACCACAUUGAUGACGCCAACAUCAAUUUGAAGAAGUAUAAAGACAUGGUGGUCAAAAGUUGUGGGUGUCUGUGAGGUCGGCCAGCGAAUGGGUUUGAUUUAAAAAGGGGUGUUUCGGAUUACAAUGAAUGAAUCGCAGUGAAAAUAUUUAGUAUUAUUUAUUCGUGUAUUAUCUAGGUUCGAUUAUAAUAAAAUGAUUUUGUCUCAUAUAAUAUAAAUCCUUUGUUUAAAUUCUUCAUAUACUAUAUAUUGCACCUUUCAAGCUGAUUAAAUCGCCUAAACUCAAAUUGGAUAAAAUAUUCAUUGGUGAAUUUUAUAAACUUCUACUGAUCCAAUGCAUUCUCACUCGUUUUUUCUAGCAAUUCCACAAUGAUCUUAUAUGAUAAGUUUUAAUUUUAUAAAUGACGCAAUAUCAUUUUCCAGUCACAUGUCGGCUAUGAUUUAUUUCAAUUCAAUGAAUUAACUGUUGACCGUUCGUAGCUCAAUUUUUAAACUGCACAUCAUUUAGCUUUCUCAUUCAUGAUCCGAAUAACUUGUUUUCAUCAGGAAUAAACUGCUACAACCUUGAUAUUAUUAAGUCUCACCCAAAUUUCGACGUCAAUUUAUCAUCCCUAUAUUGGUUUAUCAACGAAUGGACCUUUCAAACAAAUCGCGUUUGUUUGAAUCGUUUUCCGACCCGAUUUAAUUUUGUUGACGGAAAUGGGAAUUUUGGACUUUCGCU